GCUUUUUCACAACUCCUAAAACACUUGCAAACAAAUCAUAACCAAGUGUGUACUUUACUUUCUCAACAACACUACUUAAAUCCCUUUCACAAUAACAAAUCUAGGUUGACUUCAACAUACAAAAUCCCCUAUUAAUCCCAUAUACAAUUCCAACUUCCAACUUUUCCCCCAAAAACCCUCUAGCCAGUAGGGUCCAUUAGGGUUUCUUGUUUUCGCUGUAAAAAUUAUAAAGCGACGAUUUUUGGGGUUUUUUACACUAUAUUGUAUCUUGGGUAUGGAGGAUUUGGACAAAAACAAGCUAUUUUGUGGUGGGAUUCCAAGGGAUACGACUGAGCAGAUGCUUAAGGAGCAUUUUUCUAAGUAUGGAACUGUGGUUAGCUCUGUUAUUGCCAAGGACCGUGAAACUGGUAGACCUAGAGGCUUUGCUUUUGUUUCCUUUUCCGAUUCAUCUGCAGUUGAUAAAGCACUCCAAGAUACUCAUGAAAUUCUUGGAAGAAUGGUAGAGGUGAAAAAAGCCAUACCCAGAAGUGAACAACACCAACAACAGAGUCAACAACAACAACAACAACAACAAAAUAGUAGGGGGUUGAAUAGGAAUAGUAGAACUAAUUGUAGAAGCAAUGAUCAGUUUAGGACGAAGAAGAUCUUUGUAGGGGGUCUAUCAGCUAACCUAACUAAGGAAGACUUCAAGAGUUACUUUGAAAGAUUUGGUAGGAUUACAGAUGUUGUUGUGAUGCAUGACAAUGUUACCCAUCGACCAAGGGGAUUUGGUUUUAUUACCUUUGAUUCGGAGGAUGCAGUUGAGGAGGUUAUGCAGAAGAAUUUCCAUGAAUUAAGUGGCAAGCUUGUGGAGGUGAAGAGGGCUAUACCAAAAGAUGAAAAUAGCAAUAGUAGUAAUGGUUAUCAUGUUAGAAUAGGUAAUGGAAGUGGUUCUAAUUAUAACCCUUACCAACAAGGGAUGUAUCCAUCUUACAGUCCUAGAUAUGUAUAUUGUUGUGGGCCUGUCUCAGGUUAUGGGAAUGUU